AUGAAGCUUCUUUGCAUCUACAAGCAGCCACCAUCAUCACCUUUUGCAUCAGUUUCUAAACUGUUAUUAAAUAAUCAUAAAGCCAUAUUCAAAAACCCUUCCUCAUUUUCUUUAUGUUGUAAAGUUCAUGCAUUGAAGGAAGAUUCAAAGCAAUAUGAGGUAGAUCCAGAGAAGGCCAAAGAAGCCCUCAAAGAGCUUGACCAGAAAAUCCAAUCUAUCUCUAAUAAACAAGUUUCAUCUCCAAAACUCAAGGUUCCAGAUAUGAAGCCUAGGAGAGAGGAAAUGACAAGUGAGAAUGGUAAGCUCGAAAUUUCAGAGUCGUUUCUUGGACUUGUAGCUGGUGGACUUGUUCUAUUUACUAUAUUGUAUAAUGUACUAUUUAUUACUGUAAUUAAGCCAUCUAUUGAUGGUCCAUAA